UUUGGAUUUUAGCCAUAAGGUUCCACUAACUCUUCAGGAAAGCAUGCAGAUUCAUAAUUGGUUUAGGUUUACCAGUUUUGGUAUUGGAAGAGUGGAUUAGGUGGCCAAAACCAUUAACAAUGAGGAGCAAGUUUAUCUCACCUAUUGAAGUAUUAAAGUGAUCUUAUAGAAACCAAAUUCAAACCCCAACUCCAAUCUCGUUGGUGCAAGAUGCUUCCUAGAGUCAUAUUUUGCACAACAGUUUCCUUAGCCAUACUGGCAGUCAUUCUCUUGGCUUUGCUCUCUCCCAUGUCCCACAAAAAGCCAUCAAAGAAUAACACAAAACCACCUUGGCUAGCCUUGUCUUUGUACAUACAACAACCACAAGUUGCAAGCUCCAACACUCAACCCGUGACAAAAUCAGAUGAUGCUGAAGCCUUUAUUUUCCAUCGUAUGCUAACAGAGGGACCAGAAAACACUUCCAGGGUUGUGGGAAAAGCCCAGGGCUUCAUAGUUCCUGUGGAACAGUUUGCACACUCGGCUUUCAAUAUCAUAUAUCUGAGCUUUGACACUAAAGAGUAUUCAGGUAGCCUUAGUGUUGAGGCCAAGCAUGUUGCUCAUAAGGACAGAGAAGAACUCACUGUGGUAGGUGGAACUGGGUCUUUUGCUUUUGCACGUGGGUUUGCUGUUUUUGCACAGGCUGAUCAUACCCAAUUACCAACUGAUGUGGAUGCAUCAACUUACCACGUAAAACUUCAACUUAGAUUUCCUAAUCGAUCACAAAUAAUACCAUGAUGA